ACGCUCGAUUGCACUCGUUUCUCACAAAUCAACUGACGCUCGCAUCAUGUCUGGCCGUGGCAAGGGAGGCAAAGUGAAGGGAAAGAGCAAGAGUCGCUCUUCUCGCGCCGGUCUACAGUUCCCUGUGGGACGCAUCCAUCGUCUGCUUCGCAAAGGCAACUAUGCCGAGCGCGUGGGUGCAGGAGCUCCCGUGUACCUGGCUGCCGUGCUGGAGUACCUGGCUGCUGAGGUGUUGGAGUUGGCUGGCAACGCCGCUCGCGACAACAAGAAGACGAGAAUCAUCCCCCGUCACCUGCAGCUGGCCAUCCGCAACGACGAGGAGUUGAACAAGCUUCUGUCCGGCGUCACCAUCGCGCAAGGUGGUGUGCUGCCCAACAUCCAGGCCGUCCUCCUCCCCAAGAAAACCCAGAAGCCGCCAAGCGGUGGCAAAUAGGUUGCUACUACUCGUCACAACUUAUCCCAGCAACUUAGCAUCCUGCCUACUAAUGGUCCUUUUCAGGACCUCCA